AUGCCCCACGUCUCCCCAGCUCCAAUCAGAGAAGCUCUUGGCCAGGCGCAGUGGAUGAGAUGGGAUGAAGAGGGCAAAGAUGAAAUGAGAAGUUGGGGGAGAAGAGAGAAAGAGAGUUUUGCUGAGGGGAAAAGAGAGGUGAAGACAAACAUCCCAUUCCUCCAGAAUGUUCUGUCCAACACUCAGUUCUUGCACUCGACCGUGGACACCCAAUUCAUUGAUGAGAAUCCGGACCUCUUCAACCUGAAACCAACUCAGAACCGAGCCCAGAAACUGUUGCACUACCUUGGUCACGUGAUGGUAAAUGGGCCAACAACACCUAUCCCAGUCAAGGCCAAGCCCUCCUCCAUAGACCCUGUGAUACCUCCUGUGACCAUGGGUGAACCAUCUGUGGGGUUCCGGGAUGUGUUGCUUCGCGCUGGUCCAGAGGGAUUUGCCAAAGCUGUCCGAGCACACCAAGGUCUGUUGCUGAUGGAUACAACAUUCAGAGAUGCUCACCAGUCUCUCCUGGCAACUAGAGUUCGGACUCAUGACCUGAAGCUCAUCUCUCCAUUUGUCAGUCACAACUUCACCAACCUCUACAGCCUGGAGAACUGGGGAGGUGCUACCUUUGACGUGGCCAUGCGAUUCUUGUCUGAAUGUCCUUGGAAGAGGCUCCAGGAGCUGAGAGCUUUGAUCCCGAACGUCCCUUUCCAGAUGCUGCUGAGAGGGGCCAACGCUGUAGGCUACACAAACUACCCUGACAACGCAGUCUUCAAGUUCUGUGAAGUGGCCAAAGAAAAUGGCAUGGACAUCUUUCGCGUAUUUGAUUCCUUAAACUACCUCCCCAACAUGCUGCUGGGUAUGGAGGCUGCUGGAGCAGCAGGUGGUGUGGUUGAGGCUGCCAUCUCGUACACAGGCGAUGUCUCUGACCCAAUGAGGCAAAAAUAUUCCCUGGACUACUAUGUGAAGCUUGCUGAUGAGCUUGUUAAAGCAGGGACCCACAUCCUCUGCAUCAAGGAUAUGGCCGGCCUGCUGAAGCCAGAGGCCAGUAAGCUUCUGAUUGGUGCGUUGAGGGACCGUUUCCCAGACAUGCCCAUUCAUGUGCAUACCCACGACACGGCUGGAGCCGGAGUCGCAGCCAUGCUGGCUUGUGCUGAGGCUGGAGCUGAUGUAGUAGAUGUUGCGGUUGACUCGAUGGCCGGGAUGACAUCACAGCCCAGCAUGGGGGCCAUCGUUGCCUGCACCAAGGGAACCAAGCUUGACACUGGCAUUGCUCUGGAGAAGGUGUUUGACUACAGUGAAUAUUGGGAGGUAACCAGAGGCCUGUACGCCCCUUUUGACUGCACUGCCACCAUGAAGUCGGGCAACGCUGAUGUCUAUGAGAAUGAGAUACCAGGCGGGCAGUACACAAACCUUCACUUUCAGGCUCACAGUAUGGGGCUUGGAAAUAAGUUCAAGGAGGUGAAGAAAGCAUAUGUUGAAGCCAACAAACUGCUUGGAGACCUUAUUAAGGUGACUCCAUCUUCUAAGAUCGUGGGUGACCUGGCUCAGUUUAUGGUGCAGAACAACCUGACCAGAGCAGAGGUGGAGGAGAGGGCAGAUGAGCUAUCCUUCCCCCUGUCAGUGGUAGAGUUCUUGCAGGGAUACAUCGGAAUACCACAUGGAGGGUUUCCCGAGCCGUUCAGAUCUAAGGUGCUGAAGUCCCUAGCACGUAUUGAGGGUCGUCCUGGUGCUUCUCUGCCACCGAUGGACUUUAAAGCCCUAGAGGAAGGGCUCCGAGCUUCACAUGGUGAUGAAAUUACUCCCGAGGAUGUGAUGUCAGCAGCCAUGUACCCCAAGGUGUUCCAGGAGUUCAAGGAGUUCACUGCUAACUUUGGCCCUGUGGAUUGUCUCAACACCAGGCUCUUCCUGGAUGGACCAAAGAUUGCUGAGGAGUUUGAGGUGGAGCUGGAGAGAGGGAAGACCCUCCACAUCAAGGCCCUGGCACUGGGCGACCUGAACAAAGCUGGCCAGAGAGAAGUCUUUUUUGAGCUGAAUGGGCAGCUGAGAUCUGUACUGGUCAAAGACACCGUUGCCAUGAAGGAAAUGAAGUUUCAUCCAAAAGCUCAGAAGUCCAUCAAGGGUCAAGUGGGUGCACCCAUGCCUGGAAAAGUCUUGGAGGUUAAAGUUGAAGCAGGAUCCAAGGUGGAGAAAGGACAGCCGCUGUGUGUCCUUUCGGCCAUGAAGAUGGAGACUGUAGUCAACUCCCCUGUGGCUGGCACCGUUAAGGCUGUACAUGUCACAGCUGACACCUCUUUGGAGGGAGACGACCUGAUACUGGAAAUUGAGGAGUAG